ACUCCAAGCUCUCUCCCUUCUUCCCUCCCCACCCUAGCCGCGGGUCCCCAAGGCGAGCGACCUGCGCAGCCCUAGAGCUUGCCGGGAACUGAACCAAACUGAUCCAACGUAAACUUUCGCCUUUUCGCCUCCUCCGAUUUCCCCACUCCCCUUCCCCCCUUCCUCUGCUCCAAUCAAGUUUUUCUACAAAUGAGACCGCAGAGAGGACGCGAAGGGCGGGAUUUCGCGUGGUUCCGUCUCCGCCGAUUCGCCCUUCCUUCGUUCUAGUGAACAAGGCGGACUGAGGUUGUAGUAGGCGCCGGCCGACGUCCGUUUGCGUGCUGACGUAUCACGACCUGGGGCCGCCUGCGCGUGCGCCCCGGGGCUGGCCGCGCGUGCGCGAGAGUGGAGUGGGCUCGGGUGGGGGGGUAGGGGGUGGAGCUCGGAGCUUCCACAUUCCCUCAGCCUUUAGGACUCACGUCGAACCCGGUCUGGUGCCGGGUGCUCCCAGCUCCUGAGGCAGCCGCGGCGGGCGUCUGUGCCUCCUCUUUCUUCUCGCUGUCAUCAUGGCCUUCUUUUACGAAUACGUGACUCCUGAGCAGCUGGCCGGCUUCGAUAAAUACAAGUACAAGGCUGUGGAUACCAAUCCGCUCUCUUUGUAUGUUAUGCACCCAUUUUGGAAUACUAUAGUAAAGAUUUUUCCUACGUGGCUGGCUCCGAAUUUGAUAACCCUAUCAGGCUUUCUGUUACUUGUAUUCAAUUUCUUACUUAUGGCCUACUUUGAUCCUGACUUUUUCGCAUCAGCACCAGGUCACAAACAUGUACCUGGAUGGAUAUGGAUUGUAGUGGGCAUCCUUAAUUUCGUUGCUUACACUCUAGAUGGUGUUGAUGGAAAGCAAGCUCGUAGAACCAACUCCAGCACUCCUUUAGGAGAAUUAUUUGAUCAUGGAUUAGAUAGUUGGUCAUGUGUUUACUUUGUAGUGACUGUAUAUUCCAUCUUUGGACGGGGAACAACGGGCGUCAGUGUUUUUGUUUUAUAUACUCUCUUAUGGGUAGUCUUGUUUUCUUUUAUCCUGUCCCACUGGGAAAAGUAUAAUACAGGAAUUCUCUUCUUGCCUUGGGGAUAUGACAUUAGCCAGGUGACUAUUUCUGUUGUCUACAUAGUGACUGCGAUUGUGGGAGUUGAGGCCUGGUAUGAACCUUUCCUGUUUAAUUUCUUAUAUAGAGACCUAUUCACUGCAAUGAUUAUUGGAUGUGCAGCAUGUGUGACUCUGCCUAUGAGUUUAUAUAACUUUUUCAAGGCCUACAGAAAUAACACCUUGAAGCACAGUUCCAUCUAUGAAACAAUGCUGCCCUUUUUUUCUCCAUUUUUGCUUUUCAUUCUGAGUACAAGUUGGAUCCUCUGGUCACCAUCUGAUAUUUUAGAGACACAUCCUAGACUUUUCUACUACAUGGUUGGAACAGCUUUUGCCAACAUCACAUGUCGCCUUAUUGUGUGUCAGAUGAGCAACACAAGAUGCCAAACUCUGAAUCUAUUGCUUGUACCACUGGCCCUCGUCGUUCUUUUGGUAUACUUAGAAUUAUCUCCUCAUAUGGAACCCAUUCUUCUCUACUUACUAAGCAUUAUUAUUACUUUGGCACAUGUCCAUUAUGGAAUACAAGUGGUUAACCAGUUGAGCAGUCACUUUAAGAUUCUACCUUUUUCAUUAAGAAAACCAAGCUCAGAUUGACUAGAAGUGGAAGAAGAGAAAAUUGGCCUACAGUCUACAGAAGUACUGUAAAUAAGACAGACGCUUGUAAAUACUCCAACCAUCACCAUAGAACUAAACUUAUCUACUUGACAGAAAUGGGGACUAAAUGUAUGUGGUACGCGGAUGACAGGGAUGAAGCAUUUGUAAUCUGGAUUCCUAUAAUUCCUGUCUAAUCUCAUUCCCAUUUAUCAUUAUAGAUGUAUUUUGUGGGGAAGGGGAGAACCAGGUGACCUCUUUGGUUAAACAGUGUACAUUAGACCAGCAUAAUGUUCCUAGUGAUUUCAACUUUAUAACUCCAUGUUAUUUUGGUUUAUACAGGUUAUGUUUUUGUCUUGGUUUUAUUUUAAAAAUAGAGAAGCUGGUUUAGGAACACUGACCAUAUUCACAAGAACACAAUGUGUUUUCAUAUUGGGUGAUUUGUUAAUAGGUCUUGCCUAUCUGUGGAAACUAUCAAUAUCCUGUUUCUAACUAUCCAGGGAGAGAUAAGCCACAAAAGCAAUUCACCUUCAGCAGGAGAUGCCAAAUUACCACAGCAGAAUCUAACCAGAAAUCACUUAUAACUGCCAAACAUUGGCUUCUCUUUUCCAUGGAAAUGCCUUUGUCUUCAUAUGCUGAGAGAUCUGACAUGAAUUUGAUCGCCUGAUAUCCUAGCACUCUUUGUUCUGGAAUAGAUCUUGACAAAUGGUUUCAUUGUUUUUGUUUUAUAUUAAAUUAUUCAAUGGGGGCUUAGAAGUGAAUGUAGUUUUAGUUAUAAUUUGUUAGUAUGACUUUGAAUUAUCCCCUUCCAAUUACAAAUAAUUUUACAGGAUGAAAUCUUGUCAACCACUACAUUUGACAUUUUUAGUCUAAUGGUACAAUUAUUUUUUGUGAGGAAUAUAGAUCAAAUACCUUUUAAUAGAAAGUCACUUUGGGAUUGGAUAAUAUAUAAAUUUUAGGAUGUGAUUAUCCUUUUGAGACCUGUCAUAAAUUCUAGGUCAUUCUUGAAUUUUUUUUCCUUUUUUGGGGAGUGGGGGAAAACAACAGAGAUGGGGUUGGGAAAAAACCUGGGAGACGAUAGAGUAAAUACUGUUUUUUUUUUUUUUUCCUACUUCCCCAGCUUGGAAAAAAACAUGAUACAUUUGCCUUAUUGAACAUACAUUAUCCUUACAAUAGCUUGCAGUAACUUAUAAAGUUUACUUUUGAAAAUAAAAAAAUUCCUUCACCUUUACCAUAAUUGUUUCAUAGGUCACAUCUUUUUCACAGGUGUGAUUAUUUUUUACUUUUUUUUUUAUCUUUAAUUUUAUCAUUUUAGUUUGGUGGUGGUGAGAGUUACAUGCUGAUUUUCUUUGAUUUUUCUACUGAAUGCAAUUUGUGCUUGAAUGAAGAGUGUGUCUUAAACCCUUUUUAUGGACAGGCUGCACUUGGAGAGAAUAAGCACAACCAUGUUCAUAUGUAUUUAAACUUGAGAAACCAUUAUUUAUCAAUGAAUGUUUGACCAUAAACUUAGUUGCAGUGUCUUCCUUUUGAGGUUUAAAAUCUGCUAUUUUGAAAAAAAUUGUGUAAUAUUUAAUUUUUUAAAUUUGUAAAUUCUAAUCAUUGUCACACAAGUUAUUAGAAAUGUGAAGUCUAUUAGCCAAUUGAUGGCUCCUUUAAAUUAAAAAAAUGUGUUUGUAGGAUUUAUGUAUUGUGUAUUCUGUGACUUCCUCUGAGUCAAAGGAAGUCAAUCUACAUCACAAAUAGAAAAUUUGAUGCAGGAAAAUGUUGCUACUGAGUCUGUUUUUUAAAAAGCUAUCAUGGGAAUUAGAGGAAGUGCCAAUUAAGUGAAUGUAACUUCUAACUUUUUUGUUUUGUUUUGUUCUGUGUCAUCUGUUAAAUUGUGCUGGAUAUGAUGAAAAUUUAUAGGGGCGGGGAAGGAAGGGAUACCAUUCUGAAUUUAUUACUUUAGUCAUUUUUUUGACUUGAAACAAAGAAAGUGGAAAUAGAAAAUUUAAUUUUGUUAGCUUCCAAUAUCAUCAUUGUUGGGGGAAACAUUACUUGAAAAUAAUACAUUUACUAUAAGAAGCAGAGCUGUUGUGUAUUUUUUUUUUUUAAUGUGAUAAUUUGGGCCAGAAGCCUCCUUUCAUUAUUAGGAAUACAUUGUACAGAUUAGCAGUUAAAUUCCUUUUCUUUUUUAUUUAAGGGUCAUGGAAUGCUUGUGAUGUUUUAGUUCCAUUGUAUUAUAUACAUUUCUCUUGUAUCAAGUGUGAAAAUUAUUUUGUGCAUUUGCUUUAAUGUUUUCUCCUAGAGUGGUAAAGAAAUUAUUUUACAAAUGGUUUCAUUGAAAUUUGUAAGGUGAAAAAGAGAAGUUACAAGAUGAAAGAGACUGGAGUAAUUAAAUUUUAGAGAAUAGAGUGAAUUUGCAGGUCCCUAGUACCAUGACUCCUUUUCUUUGCUUCAGUCAGACAUUUCCUUUGAUUAAAAACUGCAUCUCAAAAGCUAUUUUUAUUAAGACAACUGAGACAGAAUUUAUCUACAAAUAGAAUCUUGUAUUCAUAUUUUAGAUCAAACAUCUAAAUACUUCUGAUGUGUAAGAGACAUUUUUGGGUUUGUGGAUGAUAAGAGAUAAACUCAGACUUACUUUCUCUAAAUUUUAAACUGAGUUGCCUUUUAUGGAACCAGUGGUAUAUUUUCUCAUGAUUUUUGGACGCUUCAGAGUGGAGUGCCUUAGCAUAACCAGAACUUUUGAAUGAGACAAUUUAUAUUUGUUUCUGCCAAGUAAGGUCACGGUGACCUACCUGUUGGAAAUUUCUUAUCAGACUUAUGCUCCCUAUAGAACAAGUUUCUUUUUGGAUUUAUGAAAAACAAUGUUAUAGAAGAAGCAGAUGAGGAAAUUUUAAUAUGUAUAUCAAGGGGGGGGGUAUGAUGGAAAGAUGAGAAAAAAGUUAGAUUACUUUGAUUCCAUAUUUGUUUUGUUCAGUAUUUUACCCUAGUGUAACUUUUUAUUUAUUAUCCCUUUAACAUAAUAGAAUGGUAAAAUAUUUGUAACACUGCUUUUUUGUCUCCUAAUAUGUUAAAUUUUUAGGGUUUUAUUACGUGAAAUAGAUACUAGCAGUGAUGUGUUAUAAAAUAUUAAUGUCUUAAGGAUAGUUGAAUAGGUUUCCAAAUAAAAAAAUAUUUUUCUUUGGCAUAAAAUUAAAGUUAUUUUGUGCAAUAGUUUACUUAAACCCACUAUGUAGCUUUCCAUUUGAAUUACCUGCAAUUUUGAUACUUUUGAAAUUAUAGUGUUCCAUAAUUUGUAGACAAAUGGUAUUACAGAGAGAAUAAUGAAGUUGAAAAAAUUGGGAUAAAUUAAAAUGCUGCAAAAUUUACCAGAUAGUAAUCCUAUUCAACUCUAGGCCCAGUGCAUUAUUUCUUCCAAGAGAAACUUUCUGAGGACUAACUCAAUCAGCUAACUGUCCAACUGCAUGCCAUAAUCUGGGCAAAAUAGUUUCUUAACUGACUUGGUUUUUCCUAUAUAGAUUGGUAGGCUGAUCUCUUUUAAAUGCUUGUGGAUCUCAUUGAGAGUAGAUCCUAAUUUUCUUUUUAAUUUUAUGCCUUUAUAUGCAUUCUUGUGUUUGGUUUAAAUAAUUUUUCUGUGAAUCAUAUUUUUCAGCAUUUCAAUAAUCAGAAUUUUCUUUGUUAACUGUCAACAUUUGAAUUUCCACUAUAUAUAGAGAGAACUGUAUAUUUUCAUUUAAUGAGAUAAAAAGAAGAAAUUAUAGUUAUACUACCUUCUUAGAAACUGAAGAGGAGGUAGUAACAAUUCAUUGCCAUCUAUAUCUGAAAGUAACUGGUUCUAAAAGAACACUUUACCUUAAUCAUAAUAUCAGGGACCCCCAUCUCUUGCUUUCAGACAUAGAGUUAAUGUAUUUUGAGGAAAAUCAGAGAAGCA